CUCCUCCUCCUCGUCCCCCGCCUCGCCGCCCCCCACGGGCACGCGAUGAAGCCCAUCCACCCGCGCAUCUACGCCGCCCUCCCCCGCCCCGUCGCCCCCGUCGCGGCGUCGUCGGCGUCGUCGCGCGUGCGCUCGAACUCCGCGUCCCGUUCGCUGUACACCGGCUCGCUGCCCUUCUUCGACUCCCCGCCCCCGCCCCCGCCCAGCUCGCGGCCAUCCAACCCCAACCUCGUCGUCUCCCGCCUCGCCGCGGAGGUCAAGGCCGAGCUCGAGGGCCACACAGAGUCGCCCUACUCGCAGGAGAUCGGCCAUGCCCAGUCCCAGACGCACGGCACCGGCCCCCCUCCCUACUCCCUCGCCCUCACCUCCGGCCAGUCAGAGUUCUCCCACUCACCUCCCCACAUCAAGCCCCUCUUCCCCUACUCCUCGUUUCCACCCGCCUUUGCCUACGCCCCCGCGCAUUCUGCCGACAUUAGGUCCGAGCCCGCCGCAAAGAGGCAGCGCACACGCUACCACCUCGACGUCGGGGCCUAUGGCAUCCCUAAGCGUUCUCACGGGGCGUCCAUCGCUGGGCGAGACGGCAACGGCAGGUUCGCUUUCGAGGACGCUUUCCCGCCGUCCGACCGUACGGGCUCUCUCGGCCGAGCCGUCCAGGUGGGAGAGGAUGCCUAUUUCGUCCGCGACAACGCCAUGGGCGUCGCAGACGGCGUCGGUGGCUGGUCCAAGCAUCGCCGCACAGGUCACGCUGAGCCCUCGCCGAGCGCCCUCUUUGCACGCAGGCUCAUGCACUACUGCUCCGAGGGGGUCGAGGCUGCCACCACCGCAGACUCCCACCCGCCGUCGGACGCGCCAGAGUCGGAACUAGCUGCACUUAGCAUAGACUCAGACUCUGCUGAUCUCAUGGCAGAGUUAGAGGACUCGUUAGAGGACCUAGAGGACGGUCUAGAUGUGCUCAUGAUUCUCGAGAAAGCAUUCCAGAAGACCAUGGAGGAUCAUGUCGGAGAGGCCCCGCAUACACCCACCGAAAAGGCGUCCGACGCCACCGCAGACUCGUCACCGCGCAGCACAAGCAAGGCCGACGAUGCACAGGCAUCGUCACCUACUUCGUCACCCUCACCCGCACGACAGGCACGCUCGCCCUCGCCGAAGCGGCCCCUGGUAGAGGGGUCGUCCACCGCUCUCGUCGCUGUGCUCGAACACCCGCGGACACGCGCAAAGCAGGCCCGCCCCCUACAGCUUUUCGGCCCGAGCCCCCGGCCCUCGAGCCAGGGCCCCGCCGUCUCCGAGCGCGGCGCGAUGCUGACCAUCGCGCACCUCGGCGACUGCAUGGGCAUGCUCAUCCGCGGCGAGGAUAUUGUUUGGCGCACCGAGGAGAUGUGGUGGAACUUUAACACCCCCGUGCAACUCGGCCCUGCCUCGCCCACGCGCCCGCGUGACGCGCAGGUGUUCCGGAUUCCCGUGCAGGCGGACGAUAUCCUCAUCCUCGCGAGCGACGGCCUUUCGGACAACCUCUGGGACGAGGAUGUGCUCGACGAGGUCAUCCGCUUCCGCCGCCCGUUCCUCGCCGACGGCUCUUGGUCCACACCCGCGCCCGCACAGGGCGUCCUCGGCCGGAGCACACUCGCGGCGAUGCUCAGUGAGGCGCUGUGCUCGCGGGCACGCCGGGCCGCGGAGAGGAGAGAGGGCAAGGGCGUGUGUGACCCCGAGCUGGAGGUGCCGUUUGCGCGAAGAGCGCGUGAGUUGGGGAGGUCGUUCCAUGGUGGCAAGCCAGAUGACAUCUCGGUGCUCGUUGCGGUCGUCUCGCCGGCAGAGGCGAAACGGCCAUGAUAGGGCUUCCCCCUUUUCACUUUCUAUUUAACCGGGCCGCUUGACGGACAUUCCCUUCAUUCCUUUAUCUCACCUUUGCAUCAUUUUUUUCUUUGCAUUAUCUUAUGGCAUCUUGGCAUACAUACAGCAUAAGUCU